AUGCUCCGGGCCGACCCGUCCUACCCGACGGUGGCACUCUUCCACGUCUCGCUCACGCUGAGAAAAAUUCUGAAACGGCGUUUGCUGGCCUGGCGCUUGCUGUGGAGGGACGACGGCCGAGGAUUGGCGGUGUCUGUCUGGCUACUGCGGGAGGAAGGCGGCGCAACUUCGGAGAGGUGGUGCCGGCAGUGGGUGAGGACGGCGUCCUGCCGCUUCGGAGGCGGCUGCCGGCACGCGCACGUGCUGACCCUCGCCAGCCACGGGCUCUCCCCGGGCCGCGGCGCGGCGAUGCCGCCGCUGGAGCUAUCACCCGACCCUGCAAGCCUCUCCGCCGACGAGCUGCGCCGCGUCGCCUUUAUUGUUGGGCGCGGCGCGGUCGCCUUUGACUACGAGGAUCCGCACGCGGCAAAGAGCUUCCUCGAGGCCGACGCCGCCACCCAGCUCGCGGCGGAGGAGGCCGCUGCCAGCCGCUGCGGAGAAGACGCCGCUCCCGCUGCCGCCGCCAACAGCCGGCCGUACGAUGAAUUCCCCCAGCUGCCCGACGAGCUGUGGACGGCUAUUCUCGAACGGGUAGACGACGUGGAGGCGCUGCGUGCCGCGGCGAGCACGAACGCGCACCUCUCCGCCGCCGCCGCCAACCUCUGGGCGGCGCGCGGGAGGUGCUUUGCGAGCGAGGCGGCCCUCGGCCGCUGGCGGCGGGCGACGGCGGCGCCUCCGCUCACUCUCGACCCCCCAGGCUAG